AGAGAGAGGAAUUCGAAAACGAAAAAAGUAUUGGGAAGGAGAAGGGAUGUCAAGCAGUAGUAGCGGCAAAAGGGCUGCAGCACUGCAGAAGGACGUGCCAUGGAGGGCAUCCCCAACAGGGAAGCCAGUCCCCAAAAUCCACCACUCUCCUGUUCUUCGCCUCCCGCAAAACCCUGACUCUCGCUACGGUCUUGCUGUCAUGAAGCACCCAGAUCCUAUCGGUGCAGGCUUCGCAAUGGAAGCUAGACUUGAAGCUGCUGGACCAGAUUGCGUUGUGCCUGGUCAGAUUACACCCAUUCGCUUACUCGGUCUCCAGGUGUGGCCUGUUAAUAUCAACAUGAAAUUUAUGGAACCAGUUGAUCGGGAACUUAGGAACAUUGGGAAGUUCAUGGAUUCAGCUUUCAACCUUAUGAAUGCAUCAUUUACAGAGCGUUAGGUUGUUGGUUGUCGGAUGAGCAGCACUGUCUCUGUGAUUUAACUUUAUCAGGUAGUUGUCAGCAACUGCAUUAUAUGCAGCAGAGUCUUGAAGGUCUCCUUUUUGUUUAGUGAUCUUGAACAUGGUCCGUGAUAUCCAUUCCAGGGGCUUGUUUAUUUGAUACCAUACAUGAGGGGGAAGUUUCUGUAGCAGCUCGUGAAAAGAUAUGUUAUCCCUGAAAUUUGUACCCUGGGCAUAUAAAUUUUGUGUUGUUUCUUGAAUAUUGCAAAUC